AUACACACCAAAUCGAGGUUCACGUUCGUCAUAAUAGUCCUCACAAUACGAAGAUAAUUAUUACCCGGUUUAUUAAUGGAAUCGCUCUAAGGCAACCAGUAUACACUCACACGCUUUCGUUUUGGCACAGUUCAAGCCAGAUAAAUCGUAUCAAGACAGUCAGCGGUAUAAAACCAUCAUUGAUCACAAGUCGAAUUUAAUUCUGGAAAAAGGGAAAUCAUUUUGCAGUAAUUUGAUUAUCAAUUAUACAAAAGGAAGGGCUUAAUACCAGGAGCAAAGCAAUCGAAGAAGAUUAUGGAGCUGAUACAUCCAGAAAACGGUCCAUCGGGAACAGUGCAAGUACCACUUACACAAGGUGUCGACCAAUCUGAUAUUGAAGAUGUCUACAGGCUCUCUCCACAUGUUACGACUGGCUUUGCAGAUACCUUUAAGGAAUCCAAAGACAUCAUGGGGUUCUCAUUUAUGGAAAAGGUCAAUGGAGCAAUCUAUAAAUACACUCACUUCGCUUUUUACGCCGUCCUGAACCUGCUCCUUGCCCCGCUCAUGGCGUUCUCGUUUGGCUUGUCGUUCGCGGUCAUGCACUUCGCCGUCGUCUGGUUCGUCCAACCAAGCAUGAAGUUAUACUACGUAUGGUUGCGGGUGUUCAAUCUAGCCUACGAGCCUGCCCUUCGACUCGUCUGUGACCCCAUCCACCGAUCCAUCGCCUUGAUAUUGUCUGGCAUCAAGGGACAGUUCAAGAUGAACAGUUCGGACGUGAAAACAAGCCAAGUUUGAUACCUCCCACUAUUUUAAGGCAAUAGUUUACAAAAUGUAACGGUUUCAAAGCACGUUCAGGAUACACUCUUAAAAAUGUCUAGUCAGAUUUGACUAGAAACUAGUCAAACUGACUAGAAUAAAGGAUCCCAGGGGCACUUACUAGUUUCUAGUCCUUUUGAACCGAAAAAACUAGUCACGAACGAUAAUGGAUUAGAUUACUAGUCAAACUUGUUUGAAAAUGGAUAGAUUUCUAGUCAUAAUGACUAAAAUCUAGUCAUAAUGACUAAAAUCUAGUCAAGAAAUGUGACUAGAAAAUCUGAUCAAAAUCUGACUAGGUAUUUUUAAGAGUGUAGGUUCUAUAUGUUCUUGUUCAUUGUGCAGUCAUUUUUGUAAUGUUAACUAGCACUGCAUCAUGUAUCUUAUCGUGCUCAGGCUAUUGAUCUAGUAAUCUCUUUUUAUACCUGUUGCGAACUAUUCAAAUAAUGCGAAUGCUAUUUCCUUCCAGUACAUUAUCUCAUCCAAUUUUAUUAUCGCAAUAUUACGGAAUUCGUGGUAUAAUGGUUUAAUAGCUACCUAACUGAUAGAAAACAAUACACUGUAUACAACUCACAUUGUUCUGACAAUCGUUGUUUAUCUUGUGGUGUACCUCAAGGGUCGAUACUCGGCCCUUAAAAAAAAAAUCUAUAUUAAUGAUAUUAUAAAAUGCAUACCUAUCUUUUCAGUAUGUAAUAUUUGCAGACGAUCCUACUCUUGUAGCUUCACACCCAGACUUUCUGUUUUUGAUUAUUGAAAAAAAAUGUCCAUUUACAAUUUGUGCAUUCUUGGCUUUUAUGUAAUAAAUUAUCAUUGAAUGUUCUGAAAACUAAAUAUGAAGUGUUCCGUAACCCCCAAAAUAAGUCGGACGUUUAUAAUUAUAUAUCUAUUUUUAUAAAUAAUACCGAAAUAGAGAUUAUUUCUCAACAAUUAUGUUGUGUUGAAAGAACACUUAUAAUGGGAUCCUCACAUUAAUUAUAUUUGUUCGAAAAUUUCUCGCAAUAUUGGUUUAUUUUGUCACAUGAGACACUUCAUUCUUUUCACGAAUUUUAUUUUUGAUGUAUAAUGCCCGGUCUGGGCUGUACCUUAUCCCUCAAAAUAAAAUAAAAUACGCCGUCUUAAAUAAAGGCAUCACGCAUUUUUUCU